GUAGCAAUUAAAUUCGCUGUCGCCAGUGAAGUAAGGGCCCUCUCAUAGCAGACAGCCCGUUACAGAGACCGCAGCAGCAGCGAUACGACAAACACGGCACCCUCCCCCGGUGCUUUGUUUGACCCCGAGCCUCACUACGGCGACGGCGACGACAACGCCCUGUACAAUCUAUUUGCAACAUGACCGGAGAGCUAUUUUACCAGCGUUCCCAAACCGCAUGGCAACCGCGGAAUCGACGAGCCCUAUUGGGAAUUGCGCCCGUCACGGAUCUUCUUAGAUGACUGGUUCCGCGGUGGCGGUUCUCGGCGGCUUUUCACCCCGGCCGUUCCAGGACCCGACAAGCUCGAGAGAGCGCGCCUGCGCGAGCGCGCAAAUUCGGAUGACGACGGGCGGCACAUACGAAGCACUAUCUGUUUUCGGUCAGCGUUGGAUUUCGCCCAAGAGCAGGCAAAGAUCGACAAUAUACUAGCUCGCGAAUUGGCUCAGCAUUGCACGACAACUACUGCGCGACAAGCUGCUCCAAGCGCCCGGGGCCCAUCAUCACAGUCAGUCUUACCAACAUCACCUUCGCCGCGACCGGCAAGCUGAGAUCAAGAGGGAUACGAGGAGUGGAACGGUCUAUCGGACACAGUGUCUAGUAGUCAAGACACCUCGAUCCCUAUCUCCAACCCGCCGAUCCCUGGCCCUGCCGCGGUCUCGGUUGAUGUUCUUCAAUCGCGCGUCAACGAAUUUGCGAAGGAGAGUGGAUUUGGCGUUUUCAGACGCAAUGGCUCAGGCAGCCAAGACAGGAAAACAAGAUAUGUGUUUCAGUGUGACCGAUACGGCGAGCCUUGUAUGGCAAGAGGCGCAGGUCUCCGCCAAAGGCGAUCGCGCAAGUGUGGUUAUAAGUGGAAGGUCAUUGCCAAAUCCCUCAGACGAAACGACUACAGGUGGACCCUGCGGGCGUUUGCCGAUCCUCAGUAUAUACAGCAUAACCACGACCGUACCAUGAGCCUCUCGGCACAUACAGUCCACCGGAGACUUACCGACUCUGUCAAGGCAACAAUUAAAGCAACGAGCCGACGAGUCGGUAUAAGGGCGCGCGAUGUCCGUGGUAUCGUUCAAGAAAAGCAUCACGGAACACACUUCACCAGACAGGACAUAUACAACGCCCGAGCGCUCUUGCGCCGCGAAAAACUCGGCAGAUUGAGUCCAACAGCCGCCUUGAUAAAGCAGUUUGAUGCGAGGGGGGUUCCAUACGUCGCCAGGUGGUCGGUGGCAGAGCCCGACCGCCUUCUUGGCCUGGUUUGGACCUUCCCAUAUUGUCUCCGAAUGUGGAAGCGCUAUCCAGAAAUAAUGAGCUUCGAUAACACAUACAAUACAAACCGCUUCAAGCUACCGCUCUUCCAGGUUACGGGACAGACUUGCCUAAAAUCUGUCUACAACGCCGCUUUCGGGUUGAUAGAUAACGAGAGACGCGAAGGGUUCCAAUUCCUCGCAGAGGCGGUCAGAGAAUUAAAUGACCGACAUACGAUCCCAUUACCUAACGUCGUGGUCACCGACUACGACCAGCAGAUGAAGGCAGCACUGGAAAGCCAGUAUCCCGACAGUCAGCAACAGAUAUACAUUCAACAUGUCAACGCAAACGUUCUCCUUAAUGCCAAACGGAAGUGGAAGAGCGAAGAUGGUGGUCUAGAAAGCGACGAAGAUGGCGACCCGAACGCAAAGCUCUCUUCGAGAGACAUGGAAGCCGUUCUCGUCGCCGAGAGACAAGAGGGCGCGCCGGGCCAGAACAACGUCGACACGCCUGUGCCCCACAACUCCCGUGGUGUCCUCGAACUGUGGAAGUUCGUGGCAUUUACAGAAACAAAACAAGAGCAUAAAAAGGCCUGGGCUCGCUUAUGCGACGUGUUUAAUGACCAGCAGGCCAUCCUUAUGUACCUGUACAAGACAUACUUGCCCAUACGAGCGCAGUGGGCACAAUGCUUCAUCAAGAAGUACCGCAAUUUCGGGGUUCGUGUGACCUCUGGCACCGAGGCCAGCAACAACAAUGUCAAGAGCUACCUGCUCAAUGGAAUGAGCCAUUUGUACUCGCUUGUGGAGGCAAUUGAAGCCCUGCUGAGCGACUAGGAACGAGACUUCGUCGAUGCCUGUUCGCAAGAUGAGGUGCUAACCUCUCGAGCGUAUUCCGGGCCCGGCUCCGAGUAUCUAGGGGAGCUGCGCUCUGUGAUGAAUGAGCCGGGACUCAAGCUUGUUACCAAAGAACAUCGUCUCGCCUUAAGAUCGAUACCAAGCAGGGCACUUCCUUGGCCGGAGCCGAUCGGGGAUUGCAACGAGGCUUGUUCCGUCUCGUGGCAGCUGGGGAUUCCUUGCUGCCAUACAGUCUACAACAAAUUAGAAGCGGGCACGCCCUUGACAAAAUGGGACGUCCACCCUCGGUGGCACCUCCGGGAGCCACCUUCGCACAAUCCCUACUGCCGAAUUCUCGACCCCAAGAUCGCAGCAUCUCUCCGCGGACGACCGAAGAAUGCGGCACAACCUGUCCCCGAGAGUAUGAACGUCCAGCCAUCGACCCGUAGUCGAGCAGCAGUUGGAAAACCCGGGGCAAGCAGGAAGCUCUCUAACAAGUCAGCGAUACUGGGGUCGGGUAAGCAAAACGGCGUGAGACAAUCCGGCUGCAGGAGGCAACCUAGCCUACGGAGGCAGCGGUCAGAAUGGGAGACGAUCUCCGAUGAAGAGAAGCAGGAGGCUCGGCUGAAGCGCAGACGGCGAAGCUCACAUAAACAGGCAGUCGUUUCAGUGACACUGGCCCCGUUGGGUUCUGGUGGCGAAGAGAACCGCAAGGAUUGUAUCCAUGUGAAGUCAUAGUAUUCACAGUAGAUGAUAGAGUAUUGGCGACAAACUACG